GCCCGCAGACGGGCUCGCCCUUCCCCGCGCUGGCGGCCGUUGGUCAGUGAGGUAGAUUGUAGCGACUGAGGCGACGAAAAAGGCGGGAAAACGCCGCGAGUGGGCGGCCCUGUGGGGGGCGGAAGCGGAGAUUUGACAGUGACAGCUCGCGCCUGCAGACCUUCCAAAGGGUGGCCUCCGAGUGUCCCCACCCGGCCACCCGGGGAAACGUCGCCUCUGAAGCUCCCCUCAUCCCAGGUCCUCAGCGUCGCCGAGCCCAUGGCUUUCAGAGCCACCCCUGGCCGGACGCCGCCGGGCCCCGCACCCGGGAUGCCCUCGGCCAGCUUCCCCAGCCCGCAGGCCCCAAUGCCGGGGCCUCGAGGUCUCGAGGAAGAGGAGGAGGACGAGGAGCCGGCCGAGAUCCACCUGUGCGUGCUGUGGAGUUCGGGCUAUCUGGGCAUUGCUUACUAUGAUACUAGUGACUCCACUGUCCACUUCAUGCCGGAUGCCCCAGACCACGAGAGCCUGAAGCUUCUCCAGAGAGUUCUGGAUGAAAUCAACCCCCAGUCUGUCAUUACAAGUGCCAAACAAGAUGAGACUAUGGCUCGGUUUCUGGGGAAGCUUGCCUCCCAGGAGCAGAGAGAGCCAAAGAGACCCGAAAUCGUACUUUUGCCAAGCGUGGAUUUUGGUCCAGAGAUAAGCAAACAGCGUCUCCUUUCUGGAAACUACUCCUUCAUCCCAGAGUCCAUGACUGCUACUGAGAAAACCCUUUUCCUCUCCUCCGUUAUCCCCUUUGACUGUGUUCUCACGGUCCGGGCACUUGGAGGACUGCUCAAGUUCCUGAGUCGGAGAAGAGUUGGGGUCGAACUGGAAGAUUAUAAUGUCAGCGUCCCUAUCCUGGGAUUUAAGAAGUUUGUAUUGACCCAUUUGGUGAGCAUAGAUCAAGACACUUACAGCGUUCUACAGAUCUUCAAGAGCGAGUCUCACCCCUCCGUGUACAAAGUAGCCAGCGGGCUGAAGGAAGGGCUCAGCCUCUUUGGAAUCCUCAACAGAUGCCGCUCUAAGUGGGGACAGAAGCUGCUCAGGCUAUGGUUUACCCGUCCAACUCAGGAGCUAAGAGAACUCAAUUCCCGUCUGGAUGUCAUUCAAUUUUUCCUGAUGCCUCAGAAUCUGGACACGGCUCAGAUGAUGCAUCGUCUCCUGAGCCACAUCAAGAACGUGCCUCUGAUUCUGAAGCGCAUGAAGCUGUCCCACACCAAGGUCAGUGACUGGCAAGUCCUCUACAAGGCCCCCUCAGCUCCCCUGAGUUGGGGUCACCUUCCUUGGCUGUCUGUCCUGCAGACUGUGUACAGUGCCCUGGGCCUGAGGGAUGCCUGCCGCUCCCUGCCCCAGUCCAUCCAGCUUUUUCGGGACAUUGCCCAGGAGUUCUCCGAUGACCUGCACCACGUCGCCAGCCUCAUUGGGAAAGUGGUAAACUUUGAGGAGAGUCUUGCUGAAAACCGCUUCACGGUCCUCCCGAACAUCGAUCCUGAGAUAGACUCGAAAAAACGAAGGCUGAUGGGCCUUCCGAGUUUCCUCACCGAGGUUGCUCAGAAGGAGCUGGAGAAUCUGGACGCCCGCAUUCCUUCCUGUAGUGUCAUCUACAUCCCUCUGAUUGGCUUCCUUCUUUCCAUUCCCCGCUUGCCUUUUAUGGUGGAGACCAGUGACUUUGAGAUUGAGGGACUAGACUUCAUGAGCUUGGAACCCUUGCCCCAGUUUCUCUCGGAAGACAAGCUGCACUACCGCAGCACGCGAACCAAGGAGCUGGACGCACUGCUGGGGGACCUGCACUGCGAGAUCCGGGACCAGGAGACCCUGCUGACGUACCAGUUGUCCCCAGACCAGGAGACCCUGCUGACGUACCAGUUGUCCCCAGACCAGGAGACCCUGCUGAUGUACCAGUUGCAGUGCCAGGUGCUGGCGCGGGCGUCUGUCUUGACGCGGGUACUGGACCUUGCCUCUCGCCUUGAUGUCCUACUGGCUCUUGCCAGUGCUGCCCGGGACUAUGGCUACUCAAGACCCCACUACUCUCCCCGAAUCCACGGGGUACGAAUCAAGAAUGGCAGGCAUCCUCUGAUGGAACUGUGUGCACGAACCUUUGUGCCCAACUCCACAGACUGUGGUGGGGACCAAGGGAGGGUCAAAGUCAUCACUGGACCCAACUCCUCAGGGAAAAGCAUAUACCUUAAACAGGUAGGCUUGAUCACGUUCAUGGCCCUGGUGGGCAGCUUUGUGCCAGCAGAGGCGGCUGAAAUUGGAAUAAUCGAUGCCAUCUUCACCCGAAUUCAUAGCUGUGAAUCCAUCUCCCUCGGUCUCUCCACCUUCAUGAUUGACCUCAACCAGGUGGCGAAAGCCGUGAACAAUGCCACCCAGAAGUCCCUGGUCCUCAUUGAUGAAUUUGGGAAGGGAACCAAUACGGUGGACGGGCUGGCACUUCUGGCUGCUGUGCUCAGGCACUGGCUAGCCCUGGGACCCAGCUGCCCCCACAUCUUUGUGGCCACCAACUUCCUGAGCCUGGUUCAGCUGCAGCUGCUGCCACAAGGACCCCUAGUGCAGUACUUGACCAUGGAGACCUGUGAGGACGGGGACGACCUUGUCUUCUUCUACCAGCUUUGCCAAGGUGUUGCCAGUGCCAGCCAUGCCUCCUACACAGCUGCCCAGGCCGGGCUUCCUGACCAGCUCAUUGCUCGUGGCAAAGAGGUCUCAGACCUGAUCCGCAGUGGGAAACCUAUCAAACCUGUAAACGAGCUUUUGAGGAGGAACCAGAUGGAAAAUUGCCAGGCACUGGUGACUAAGUUUCUGAAGCUGGAUCUGGAAGAUCCAACCCUGGACUUGGGCAUCUUCAUGAGUCAGGAAGUGUUGCCAGCGGCCACCACCAUCCUUUGAGCUCCUUCCCCAUCCUCUCAGCUACCUGACAGCUGAG